GGUGAUCAGCGUAGCAUAGCACAAAGGCUGGAAGCAGGUGACAACAUCUUGUCUGCCUCUGUCCAAGGUUUGCAAAAUCUACCUACCAGCAGCAAUAAAAAAAGUUCGACGUGGAGAUACAGGCUACUAUUUCUUGGCCGAGUGCAUUGUUAGGAACCACGAAAGAACUCCUAAGCUCACUGGCCCGGUGUUCCAGCACGGAACUCUACAUAAGAUGACAAUUGGUUGUUUUUUACAAAAAUAAAAUGUUAACUGGCAAGCUUUAGAAGUGCAGGAAGGUGGAUUUUUUUUCCUUUUGAGCCAAAGUCUUUAUGGUAAGCUAAGCUAACUGCCUGCUGGCUUUAGCUGCACAUUUAACAUCAGCCUUGAAGAGGAGGACCAUUUAUGUACAGUAAGGUGGCUUAGCGGUAAGCAGUCACAUGUUAGGAUGAUGUUUCAGGGCUCUUAGACCUUGAUUUUUCUGACUGGUCUUCUCAUGUUCUCCAUGAGUUCAUAGGGUUUUCUUUCCACAGUCUAAACCAUGCUUCCCACAUGAAACGGAGACUCUAGGUGGAGUAAAUGGGUGGAUAGAUACAUUUCUACGGUCGCUGAUACAUGUUCAGGUUUCACAUACAUACCUCCGACGUGGAAUUGUUCUUAAUUACAGGGUUAAAGUGUACUUUGACACCCUGCAGAUAAACUUUGACUUUGGCUGCCGUUAUAAAACUGAUAAGUAACCCUGUUCAUAGAGGCUUGUAUCGUUGGCUCUGACUUAAGAUCAGCUUCUUUGACCAACCUCACCCUUAGUCAUUAGAGUGGCAUAUUGGAGAAUUAAUAUUUCAUAACUGUCAAAGGGGAACUCCUCCCCAACCCAAUUAAAGCCUUUAAUACAAGUAGCAUGGGAGAACACACCGGCCCCACCGCAGAACUACAUCUCUCUAGAACUUGAUCUGCAACAGCAUGAGAACUCUCCAGGAAAAAAUCCUUGUUCUCUUAGUUCUGUCUCUAAUCUGUGCCCUUCAGGUCAAUGCUCUGCCUCUACCUGAAGACUGGAAUGGUUUGAUCCAGCGGACCAAACGCUCUCUCCUGUGGCGUUGGAACAGCAUGAAGCCUGUGGGUGCCAGCUGCAGGGAUCAUGAAGAGUGCGGCACACAAUACUGCAGGUACAGCAGAGCCUCUCGGACAUGUUGA